CCAUGAUCUGGAAUAAUCCUGGGGUUGAUGAGUACCCUGCAGUGCAAACUUAUGCACAAAAAGUAAAGUAUGCCAUAAUGACUGCACACGACAGUAUUAUAGCGGCACGAGUGAAGCAGACACGAGACGCUAAUCGUCAUCGCCGUCCAGCUCCAUUCGAAAGGGGAGAUUUGGUCUAUCUAUCUACUAAAAAUAUCUCCCUGCCCAAGGGUCUCGCUCGAAAGCUGAUCCCCAAGUUCAUCGGACCAUACAGGAUCCUCACAGACUUCGGGAAUAAUUCCUAUAGGCUAGAGUUGCCUUCCCGGUUAAGACAACAAGGAGUACACGAUGUGUUCCACUCGUCGCUGCUGCGAAUUCAUGAGCCUAACGAUGACCGACUAUUUCCGGGUCGGCUUGAUAGACAGGUGGCGGAAAUCGAGGGCCAAGAAGAAGAGUGGGCCAUCGAUAAGAUCGUCGCGCACGCCGGUUCAGGUGAAAACACUAUCUUUGAGACGGUAUGGAAAUCCGGUGACCACACGUGGGUACCCUACGCCACGGUUGCUGGUCUCGAUGCCCUGAAAAACUAUUUAGAACUAGUAGGAGUAGACGGCAUAAAGGACUUACCGCCAGGGUCAGGUAAUCCUCCUACGGAUGAUCCUCAGCUGUUUCUUGGCUUGCUAGAAGUUUCGGCAGGCCCAGCGUACAUAAAGGAGGGCAUUCGUCACACGACGAGCCCAACGACCUACGCUGUAGACAACGUCAGUCGUUCCCUCUCUUGCCAUUCAUCGCACGAAACUCUUCCUACCCACUUACCUCCUUCCCUCCAUAUGACCGACCCCCUCCAAAAUGCCUAUGCCGUUCGUCUCAAGGAGACACAAUGUGUCGCGCUCUUCGACGUCGACGACCACUCCUACCGUUACUCCCUCUCCCAGCUCCGCCUAUACGCCAAGUACAACUUGACCCUUCGAUCACCUAAAUUCAACUAUGCCCGCACGCCUACUCCUGGAGGCUACGACGAAUUCGUCACCCUGUGGAAUCGCGAUUACGCCUGCCCAUGGAAGUUUGCCUACCUCGACGACGGCCAGGUUGUGGUUCCUGGUGACCCCAUCGCUAUUCACGUUCUGGCACCGCCCACUUCCAGUGAUCCCGAAAAGGUCGCUGAGCUUGAGGACGACCUCAGGGAGAUGUCCCGUUUCAUCGCCAAACGCGCCAUAGCGAACGACAAGGCUGGCGAGCGGAAGAAGAAGAUUCGCCUCGAGGCAAAACAAUUCCCUUCAGCUUCCAGCCGCACCGUCCAGCAGUUCAAGCGUGGACUUCGUUCUGGACGUCAGAGUCGUGCAGCCACUCCUCGCGCUGAAACUGAAUCCCUUCGUGGGUCAGUUCCUCCCGAAUCCAUUCGCGGAUCCGUUCCUCCACUCGAUCCUAUAAACGAUCCAACGUUAGCCCUAUUGGAUGACAACACUCACCUGGAGGGCGCAUCCACAGACCAUGCUGGCGGCGAGGGCUCUAAAGACAAAGGUGGCGAGAGGGCAGCAGACGGCGAGGACGUUCGUAUGAAAGACGCGGAGACUACCAAGGUGUAGGAU